AUGCAACGGGCGGCCGCCGGCGCUGCGCUCUCCUCCGCACCACCACGAGCACCGCUCACCCGCCUCCUCCAGACGCCCGCCGCCGCCGCCAGCACCCGCGCCUUCUCCCUCUCUGCCAGCAUGGCCCAGAAGUUCCGCGCCGAGCGCGACACGUUCGGCGACCUGCAGGUGCCCGCCGACCGCUACUGGGGCGCACAGACGCAGCGCUCACUGCAGAACUUCGACAUUGGCGGCGCGCAGGAGCGCAUGCCCCUGCCGCUCAUCCAGGCGUUCGGCGUGCUCAAGAAGGCCGCCGCCGCUGUGAACCAGACGUACGGCCUCGACGCCAAGAUCGCCGAUGCCAUUGGCCAGGCCGCCGACGAGGUCAUCUCGGGCAAGCUCGAGUCGCACUUCCCGCUCGUCGUCUUCCAGACGGGCAGCGGCACGCAGACGAACAUGAACGUCAACGAGGUCAUCUCGAACCGCGCCAUUGAGAUUCUCGGCGGCGAGCUCGGCUCCAAGAAGCCCGUGCACCCCAACGACCACGUCAACAUGAGCCAGAGCAGCAACGACACCUUCCCGACGGCCAUGCACGUCGCCUCGGUGCUGCAGAUCCGCAACUCGCUGCUGCCGGCGCUCGAGGAGCUGCGCGAGGCGCUCGACGCCAAGCGCGCGUCGUUUGACGACAUCAUCAAGAUCGGCCGCACGCACCUGCAGGACGCCACGCCGCUCACGCUCGGCCAGGAGUUCAGCGGCUACGUGAUGCAGGUCGCCAACGGCAUUGCGCGCGUCGAGGCCGUGCUGCCGCGCCUCAGCAUGCUCGCGCAGGGCGGCACCGCCGUCGGCACGGGCCUCAACACGUACGCCGGCUUCGACGUUGCCGUGGCCAAGAAGAUCUCGGAGCUCACGGGCGUGCCCUUCGAGACGGCGCCGAACAAGUUCGAGGCGCUCGCCGCGCACGACGCCAUCGUCGAGGCCAGCGGCGCGCUCAACACCGUCGCCGUGUCGCUGAUGAAGAUUGCCAACGACAUUCGCUACCUCGGCUCGGGCCCGCGCUGCGGCCUCGGCGAGCUGAGCCUGCCCGAGAACGAGCCGGGAAGCAGCAUCAUGCCCGGCAAGGUCAACCCGACGCAGUGCGAGGCGCUCACGAUGGUCGCCGCCCAGGUCAUGGGCAACAACACGACGAUCAGCAUCGCCGGCUCGUACGGCCAGUUCGAGCUCAACGUCUUCAAGCCCGUGCUCGUCAAGAACCUGCUGCAGAGCAUCCGUCUGCUCGCCGACGGCGCGCGCAGCUUCACCAAGAACUGCGUCGUGGGCAUCGAGGCGAACCGCGACACGAUCAAGAAGAUCCUCAACGAGUCGCUCAUGCUCGCGACGAUCCUGAACAGCCACCUCGGCUACGACAACGUCGCCAAGGCCGCCAAGACGGCGCACAAGGAGGGCACGACGCUCAAGGAGGCCACCGUCAAGCUCGGCUUCCUCACGCCCGAGGAGUUCGACGAGAAGGUGCGCCCGGAGCUCAUGCUCGGCCCCGACGAGCCGCCGAAGCAGUAG